AUCUGCUAGGCGAACAUCUAAUUGAGCGGGGCAGUGGUGAUGUUUGGAAUCCCAGGCAGUUUUGAUCUGUUCCUUCGUACUAACUUUCUUGAAGAACAAGCGUCUCAUGUAAGGGAUCUGUCCGGUGGCCCGGCAGAUCUGUUCGUGCGCGUGACUGGCGAUUGUGCUGUUUGUGGUUUUGCUACCGGGGAUGUUGAUUCGGGGGAACGUGGUCCUGCUCGAUUGGUGCUAGUAGGGCGUAGCGGGAUUGCUAGAGCUCCUGGCCAAUUGUGCAAAAUAGAACAUUUUGACUGGUCGCAAAAAGUUUUGGGGACUGUUGAACUCAGGGUUGGCAUGUCAUGUGAGGGAUGUGUUGGAGCUGUUAAGCGGGUUCUUGGCAAAAUGGAAGGUGUUGAGUCCUUCGAUGUAGACAUCAAGGAGCAGAAGGUCACUGUGAAGGGUAAUGUGACGCCGGAUGCUGUUCUGCAGACUGUUUCGAAGACAGGCAAGAAGACGGCGUUCUGGGAGGCUGAACCCUCACCGGCAUCUGCUGUUUCGUCCUAAAAAGGCACCUCUAUAAUAUGUAAACUGUGAGGUUUGAUGUAGCAAUGGCCCAGUUGAAAUGCUUUGCAAGGACAUGAUUUUCUGGUGGGACGGUGGUAUGUGCACCAUGAAUUUACUGCAAAUAAUAGCAAACUGGUAAUUUGUUUGUGCA